AUGGGUUCCUUUUUCAAAAGUGAGGAGAUGUGUCUUGUUCAACUUUUCUUCCAGACUGAGUCUGCCCACUACUGCAUCAGUGAGCUGGGGAAUCUUGGACUCGUGCAGUUUAAGGAUCUAAAUCCAGACAUGUCGGCUUUUCAGAGGAGGUUUGUGGCGGAAGUCCGGAAAUGUGAGGAGAUGGAGAGAAUCCUCAAGCUGCUGGAGACAGAGAUGGCGAUGAGUGAUAUUGCCAUCGCUGACGGCACGGACACCGAGAGAGUGCCCUGCCCCCGAGAUGUGUUUGAACUUGAGUCUACCUUUGAGAAGCUGGAGCAGGAACUGAAGGAGAUUAACUCCAACUGUGAGACCAUGAAGCGCAACUUCACUGAGCUCAAGGAGAUCCAUUACCUGCUGCAGAUGGCUGAGGACUUCUUUGAACAGGCUGAGUGCCAGCUGUCUGCUUCUGAUCUGCCGUCCGAGGACUCCAUCACUCUCACCACCACCACCACCAGCACCACCACCACUAGCAGCAGUCGCCCGUCAUGCAUGGUCAGUCGCACCAGCAGCUCUGCCAGCACCAGCGGCCCACUCAAACUGGGGUUUGUGACGGGCGUGAUCAGGCAGGAGCGCUUCCUCUCCUUCGAGAGGAUCCUGUGGCGUCUGUUUCACGGCAACUUCAUCCUGCGUCACGCUGAAAUCCAGACCCUGGAGGAGGGGGACAGCAUGGAGAAGUCGGUGAAGAAAGUUGUGUUCAUAAUAUUUAUACAAGGAGAUCGUGUCCGCAGAAAAAUCCGGAAAAUAUGUGAAGGGUUCCAUGCCAGCAUCUAUCCCUGCCCAAACUCAGCCGCCGCUCGCAAGGACAUGCGGAUCAAUGUAGCCACGCGCAUCUCUGACCUCAAAAUGAUCUUGAAGAAGACGGAGGAGUACCGGCUGAACGUGCUGACCGCGGCGGCAGGGCACAUCUGCGAGUGGAGCGCCAAGGUGCGCAAGAUGAAGGCCAUCUACUACACGCUGAACCUCUGCAACAUCGACAUCACCCAGAAGCUCAUCGUGGCGGAGAUCUGGUGCCCCGUUGCUGACCUGGGAACAGUGCAGAGCGCCCUGAUGAGGACAUCGGACCACAGUGGCGGUAGCUUAAGUCCCGUGAUGAAUCGUAUCCCGACCAAUCAAACACCACCAACCUUCAACAGGACCAACGCCUUCACCGUGGCCUUCCAGAACAUCAUCGACGCCUACGGAGUGGCAGACUACCAGGAGAUCAACCCAGCCCCCUACACCAUUGUGACCUUCCCUUUCCUCUUUGCUGUGAUGUUUGGGGACUGUGGCCAUGGACUCGUCAUGAGCCUGCUGGCUGCCUGGAUCAUCUACCAUGAGAAGCACUUCUGCCUACUCAAGAGUGAGCUGGUUGACAUGCUGGUGGGGGGGCGCUACAUCGUGCUGCUGAUGGGGCUCUUCUCCAUCUACACCGGCCUGAUCUAUAACGACUGCUUCUCUAAGUCCCUCAACGUCUUCGGCUCCUCCUGGAGCGUCAGGGCCAUGUUCCAACCUCGGGGGCCUUGGACCAAUGAGACUCUUCACGGCUCCAGUCAUCUGCAGUUGGAUCCGGCCGUCUCUGGAGUCUUCUCCGGGAGCCCCUACGCGUUCGGUAUCGAUCCGAUCUGGAACAUUGCAUCAAACAAGCUGACCUUCCUCAACUCCUACAAGAUGAAGAUGUCUGUGAUCAUUGGAGUCAUCCACAUGCUCUUUGGAGUCAUCCUGAGUUUAAUCAACUACUACAACUUCAGAAACUUCCAGAACAUCGUGCUGCAGUUUGUGCCCGAGGUGGUGUUCAUGCUGUCCCUUUUCGGCUACCUGGUGACCCUCAUACUCUACAAGUGGUGUGUGGCCCUCAGGUCCGAUGUGGCCCCCAGCAUACUGCUGCUCUUCAUAAACAUGAUGCUAUUCACCUAUGAGGACGACGAUGGUGACGCCAUGUUAUUUUCAUGUCAGAAGCCAGUGCAGAUCUUCCUGGUGCUGGUGGCUCUCCUGAUGGUGCCGUGGCUACUACUGGCCAAGCCUUUACUCAUCUACAGACACCACACACAACAGGUGUAUGGGAACAAACAACAUCAUUCGGGUGACCCUGCUACGCACAUGAAACACAAGGAUGACAAGAUGACCUUGAGCGAUGUGUUUGUGUAUCAGGCCAUCCACACCAUUGAGUUCUGCCUAGGCUGCAUCUCUAACACAGCCUCCUACCUGCGCUUAUGGGCCCUCAGCCUGGCUCAUGCUGAGCUGUCGGAGGUUCUGUGGAAGAUGGUUCUGCGCGUGGCGCUAGGUGUGACGCCUGGGAAAGGUUCGAUGCUGGUGGCGGUGAUGUUCGCUGCGUUCUCCUCCCUCACUGUGGCCAUCCUGCUGGUCAUGGAGGGCCUGUCCGCCUUCCUGCACGCCCUCAGACUUCACUGGGUCGAAUUUCAGAACAAAUUCUACAAAGGAUCGGGUUACAAAUUCACUCCACUCUCCUUUGACAGCCUGAUCAGAGCACACUGAUUAUAGGCUAAGCGACACAGUAGCAGUAACAGCCGCAAGACAUUGCUGACAAUAGCAGUGUUGAGUUACACAGCCACACAAAUCUGUCAUGCUUGGUCUCGGUUGUUGACUGCUAACAAGUUUACGGAGAGAGUGGCGGGUUUGACUCGCUUUUAGCCAUGCUAAGUACCGUGACUAAUUCAUGUUGCACUUUAACCUAACACAUGUUCUUUUUAGGUUACAUAGGAAGUAGUUAGGGAAAACUGCAAAAAUCCUCAAACAUCUCUCUGUCAGUGUCUAGUGAUGAUAAAACAACAUCCCUUGCUUAACCCAGUAAUGCCGAAAGCCUACUAUUACGCCUACUACUAAUAUAGGCCUAACUAGAUUAUAUUACAAGCAAUGUACCACAAUAUUUAUACAACGUGUGUCA